GCCACUAAGCCAACUACCGUGGCCACAACCACCAAGCCGGCGGACGUGGGUCUGACCACCGCGGGCGUUCCCGUCCAGCACGACCAGUGCGUGAUGUACGAGGACACGACCUUCCAGACCUUCGACAACACCCUGUACGAGUACCCGAUCUGCAGCCACGUGCUGGCCAAGGACUGUACCGGCGGACUGUUCGAGGUUAUGGCUGUUCUGGACUGCACUGGUGUUGACAACCGCCUGCUGUGCCGCCGCGGUAUCGAGGUACAGAUCGGUGCUCACACCUUCUUCUUCGAGCGCAUGAACUACUUCAAGUACAAUGACAGGUUCGUGAGCUGGACCAACAUCGAUGCCUUCAACCAGGCUCUUGCUGCCGACGGCAUCCACAUCCAGAAGUACGGUGGAGAGAUCAUCGUCACCACCAACAUCGGAGUCACCAUUAGGUGGACUGAGCGCUAUGAGGCCAAGAUUGACGUGACACCAGAGCUGCACAACCAGCUGUGCGGUCUGUGCGGACCCAACAACCACGACCCCACCGACGACUUCAUGAUGCAGUCCGGCACCCUGACCGGUGACGUCACGGCCUUCGGAGACAGCUGGUCCACCGGUGACAACACCUGUCCCGAGGCUGUGGAGCUGCAGAGCUGCCCUGUCGACAUGAUGCUGGAGGCCCAGGCCAAGUGUGACAUCCUCAGGUCAGUCACACAAACACCUCUUUGUUUAUUGUUUGUUUGGUUGAGAAGUGUUCAUUCAUGA